CUGUAACUGAUUAGUUUGGAAGAGUUUUCAUAACUAUAAAUUCUUGUAUUUUCUUUAUUCAUUUUCAAUAAAUUUCUAUUUGAUUUUUAGAUAAUUCCACUGAAAGCUGCCAUAUUGGCUCAAUAACAAAAGCGUUGCUUGGGUCGUACGUGUAUGUAGCUAAGUUCAAGUUUCAGUCGAUUUUCUCCACCUUUGUCGUAAAGUCUCGUCCGUUACGUCCAUCCACGGAGUGAGACUGUGGUUACAAUAUUAAAAAAGUUAUAAUAAGGAAGUGAUUUGACAAUUCAGUGUAUUUUAUUUGUGAUAACUAGUGACUGUGACCUGGUGGUCCUGCCGACUCGCUAUAGCGAGUAACUCAAAUAUCGGCGUAGACAAACAAAGAUCAUGGUAGACUACUACAGAACUCUUGAUGUGUCACGGUCGGCUACGGCUGUGGAAAUAAAAAAAGCAUACCGCAAAUUAGCUCUUAAAUGGCAUCCAGAUAAAAACCCUAACAAUCUUGAAGAAUCUACAAGGAGGUUUAAAGAAAUCUCAGAGGCAUAUGAAGUAUUAGUUGAUGAAAAGAAAAGGAAAAUUUAUGACCAGUAUGGCAAAGAAGGCCUGCAAAUUCCAGGAAAUAAACGCAGACAUGAAGAUGACUUUGAACCUCACUUCCGUGAAUGGUUCGCUUUCAGAGAUCCAGAGGAAGUUUUCCGAGAAUUCUUCCAUGGUUCUCCAUUUGAUGAUUUAUUUGACGUUCUAAAUGGACAGAUGGGUCAUCACAUGGGCCAUAGACAUAAUAAUGUACGACAUCAUUUACAUUCUCCUUUUGGAGCUUUAGAUCUCAGUCUUUCAUCGCCAUUUGGAUUUUUCGGACCUACUCCAGAUGUGUUCGCUUCAUUUAACAGUUUUGCAGCAAAUGUAGGAGCUCCUUCUGGUGCAUCCGUGCGUAAAAUAAAUACUUCAACACGAUUUAUUAAUGGGAAGAAAAUAACUACACAAAAGGUUGUUGAAGGAGGCAAGGAGACUAUCAUGUUUUAUGAAAAUGAUGUCUUAAAAUCUAAAACCGUCAACGGCGUUCCUCAAUCUAUCACGUUGAAUGAAGCAUCGACGAGUCGUCAAGUAAAUGACAAAAUUGCUGAUACAUCAUCCUCAAGUAGUAUCGGUCAUGGUAGUCAGUCUAAAAUACCACACAUGGAAAAAAACAGGACAAAAUCACAUCACCAUACAAUCAUGAAGCACGAGAAAAAUAAACGAAAGUGAAUAUAAGUGAGAUCCAGUGAUUUGACCAAUCAAUUAAAAUAAUUCAUUAAGUCUUGGUUAUUUUUUUUUUGUCGAACUGUUCUUUCUCUCUAUAAUCUCGGCUUAUCAGUCUAUUACUAAGGGUUUUAGCUUAAAAAUCACACAUUAUAGUGUUACUGUGACUGCAUUGAAUAAAAUCCAAAGUAUAAAAAAUUCAAUAUAUCCGCCGAUGAUUAAUCUUUAGUACUUUUAUUUAUUCAUCUUUAUGAUAAUUUAUGAAAAUAAUUUGGGGAAUGUUCUGCACUAAGGUUUUGUAUGAGGAUAUAGUGUUUUAGUCGAAUAAUUUCAUUCUUUUCCAUUCAAUAUGUUUUUAAAUAAUAAAAUACUUUAGUAUAAUCAUCACUGAAGAUCCUAAUUAUUAAGAAUUAAGGGAUUGGAAGUCAUUAUCUCUGACAAACUUAUCUAGAUAUUUCAAUGAUAAUCAUUAAAAUUUAAGAAAAUGUAACCAUACGAAUCAUAGAUGUAAAAGCCUGGGAAUUAUAAUUACCACAGCAAUUGUUAUCCAUGUAAAACAUAGCCAUUGUAUGGCGCUAAAAAUAUAAUCUGGAGAAAAAAUUUUCA